UAGAGACCGAGAGCAGUGUCAGUGUGACCUCUGGCCAGUAUCCUGUCUGUGUGCUGGGGGUUUGACGUCAGAUAGUAACGAACUGGGAAUUAAUUACAGGCUCUGAAAGUCUAGUAACCCAUAGCAACCAACCAACCAAACCAGCUCCUACCUACCCGCCUGCUGUUGGGAUGCAAUUUCUACUUGACUCCCAGGUGGGGAAGACGUCUCUGGUUAUGGCUCUGGUGGGAGAAGAGUUCCCUGAUGAAGUUCCAUCUCGUGCGGAAGAAAUUACUAUUCCUGCUGACGUGACCCCAGAGCGCGUCCCGACCCAUAUCGUUGAUUACUCAGGAGUAGAACAGACAGAGGAUGAACUCAGGGAAGAGAUUGCAAAGGCAAACGUUGUGUGCAUUGUGUAUGAUGUCACGGAUCUAGAAACCAUUGAAAAGAUGGCUUCCAAAUGGAUUCCCAUGGUGAACGGCAAUGCGGAACGAAACUCCCGGCUUCCCAUAAUCCUAGUGGGGAACAAAUCAGACCUUCAGUGUGGCAGCUCCAUGGAAUCCAUUCUUCCUAUCAUGAACCAGUUCUCUGAGAUUGAGACCUGCGUGGAGUGUUCAGCUAAGAACCUUAAGAACAUUUCUGAGGUUUUCUACUAUGCUCAGAAGGCAGUAUUGCACCCCACGGCCCCACUGUAUGACCCAGAAGAGAAGCAGCUGAGACCACAGUGUAAAAAGGCCUUAACUCGAAUCUUCACCAUCUCUGAUCAGGACAGCAAUCAAAUCCUCAGCGAUGAAGAGCUCAACUACUUCCAGCAGUCCUGCUUUGGGAACCCGUUAGCUCCUCAAGCUCUGGAAGACGUGAAGAUGGUGGUAAAGAAGAACACAGCAGAUGGAGUGCGAGAGAAUGGACUGACAUUAAACGGCUUCCUCUUCCUCAACACCCUCUUCAUCCAGCGCGGCCGCCAUGAGACCACAUGGACCAUCUUAAGACGUUUUGGAUAUGAUGAUGCACUGGAACUAACAGAUGACUACCUCUACCCACCGUUGCGCAUUCCGCAUGAUUCCUCCACAGAACUGAACCACUUCGGUUACCAGUUCUUGCAGAAGGCAUUCGAGAAACAUGAUCUGGAUGGAGACGGCGCUCUCUGUCCCUCAGAGCUGCAGAGUUUCUUCAGUGUCUUCCCGUACACUCCCUGGGGUCCCGAAUUACCCAGCACGGUGUGCACAGCAGAAGGCGGCAGCUACCUGCCCUUGCACGGAUACCUCAGCCAGUGGACGUUGGUGGCUUAUCUAGACGUCCAUCGAUGCCUGGAACACCUGGGUUACUUGGGAUACCCAAUCCUGUGUGAGCAGGAGAGCCAGACGCAUGCCAUCACAGUGACGAGGGAGAAGAGCAUAGACUUGGAGAAGGGGCAGACGCAGAGAAACAUCUUCCUGUGCAGGGUCAUUGGUCCACGUGGGACGGGCAAGUCGGCCUUUUUACGAGCCUUUCUGGGGCAGAGUCUAGAGGAGCAGCAGCUGAGCAACAAGCCGCCCUCGUUCUACUCCGUGAAUACAGUGCUGGUCGGUGGCCAGGAGAAGUAUCUUAUUCUGUUUGAAGUGGACGUGGACACAGAGUUCUUGAAGACGUCCGACGCUCCCUGUGACGUGGCCUGUUUAAUGUAUGACGUCUCCGACUCCAAAUCCUUCAAUUACUGCGCCAGCAUCUACAAGCAACACUAUAUGGACAGCCAGACCCCGUGCCUGUUUGUGGGCUGCAAAUAUGACCAGGGAGAGGUGAAACAGCAACACGGCAUUUCACCCGCGGAAUUCUGCCACAAGCACCGUUUGCCGCCUCCCUACCAUUUUACCUGCCAGGGCUCCCCAGACAGAACUAUCUACAGCAAACUCGCCACUGCCGCUGCCUUUCCACAUCUGCAUGACACAGAGCUCAGCACUGCCUCCUUCUGGUUGCGAGUGGCAUUGGGGGCUACCGUGGCUGCCGUCGUGGGAUUCACCCUCUACAAGGCUCUCGCGCGAAGCAAAUAGUGACCUCUGAGACCUCCAGUCAUUAACCAACCGAGAUAAAGCUGUCCCAAAAACUCUCUCCGCCUCUCUCCUUCCUCCGUUGCUAAUCAAUGUGAGGGGUCGUAGAGAACUCAAGGGGCAACUUCUACUUCCAACAGAAACAUGGUUUUGCCUCCUUCCUUCUAACCUUAUUCCUUUAUUACUCUCUAAAAGACUAAAGGGGCCACUGUUGUCAUCUCAUAAAAAAAAAUGUGAUUGCUCUGCUUCUCUCUUGGCACCGAGAGACUGAUGGAAACCUUUUUACACUGAUUUGUCUCUGCCUUGUUCCCGUCUCCCAGCAGAGCUGCCCCACUUAAAACCAAAGUGAAUUAACAGAACCGAUGCUGGUGUUGAGAUGAGGCUUUUGUAGCCUCUGGCCCGACUCUUGCUUAACUAACAUUUGCCCAAACCUAUUACGUGAAAAGAAUGUCAAUCAGGUUGCCCAAACGCGUCAGGCCUUCCAUGAGAAAAGUGCAAUAAUAUAAUGCAUGUAUAACUGACACAUACACACUGCUCAGUAUAUGGUGCUGAGCAGAUAAGAGGUUUCUGAUAGUGGAACCCAAUGCAGUGUAAACAGCCUCCCUCCCUUCUCUGCUGUUCCUAUAGCAGUACAGGUGUGGGGGAGGGGGUUACCCACUUCAGUCCUCUCAUCAGUGUUAACAAUUCCAUUUGAUCAGAAGUAUUGACUCGUCGAGAAGCUGCUCAAGUCCCCCGGGCGACCCCAUAGCUGACCCAACGGCAUCUCACGAUGUUGCAGGAGGCCACGUUUCAAAGUCACCUGCUGUUUUACUUCUAAGGGAAGAUGAGCUCUCGGGACCCCGGAGCCUCGAUGAUCAAUGAUCAGUGCGUUUCGGUUUAGCUUUUAUAUCAUCACAACAACUGACUGGAUGCCAGAAUGUACAAACGCUGGUCUUUUUUGUUUUUAUCAGAUCAAUCACGUUUUGGUUUUUUUUCUUUUGUUAUUUAUGUACCAAAGGAAGAAAAAGUGCAUUGGAAAGCGAAGGGAGACCGUGAUUUUACUUUGUUUUUACGUCAGUAAAGAAUAAAGACCUAUUUUAAUUA